ACACAACCAUUGCAAAUAUGCCACAUCUUGGCAAUCACUAUGAAAUUGAGGAUUAUCAAGAAUAUACGUGGCAAAUCACAAAUUGGGCAGGUUUAGAAAAGAGAAUAACAGGUCCUGAAUUUGAAGCUGGAGGUUGGAAAUGGCGCAUUUUACUUUUUCCUUGUGGAAACAAUAAUCCAAAAGCUGUUUCAAUUUAUCUGGAUUUUGUUGAUAAAAAUGAAGCUCCUGCCGAUUGGCAUUGCUGUGCGCAAUUUGCUUUGGCGUUAUGGAACCCAAAAGACCCAACAUUCUGCGUUGUUAAUUAUGCGCAUCAUCGGUUCACUGCCGAAGAAGAUGAUUGGGGAUUUACACAAUUUUACGAACAAAAUAAACUGUUUGUCCCAUCAGAUAAUCGUCCUCAUCCAUUAAUAGAAAAUGACACCUGUAAUAUUACAGCCUUUGUUCGCAUUAUAAAGGACCCAACUGGUGUCUUAUGGCAUAACUUUAAAAAUUACGAUUCAAAAAAAGUGACUGGAUAUGUUAGCCUAAAAAACCAGGGAGCAACAAGUUAUUUAAAUGUCGAGUUGCAAUUAUUAUAUAGUAUAAAACACUUUCGUAAGGCAAUAUAUCAAAUCCCAACAGAAGAUGACGAUCCAAAUAAAAGUAUUCCUUUGGCUUUGCAAAGGAUUUUUUAUAAAUUACAAAUAUCUAAUACAUUAGUUGAAACAACUGAAUUAACAAAAUCAUUUGGAUGGGAUUCAUCAGAUUGUUAUAUGCCGCAUGAUGUACAGGAGUUUGAUAAUGUGUUACUUGAUAAUUUAGAAGAUAAAAUGAAAGAUACAUGUGUAAAUGGUGCUAUCUCUGAACUCUUUGUAGGAAAAAUGAAGAGUUAUACUAGGUGUGUCAACGUAAAUUUUGAAAACUCACGUAUUGAAAAUUAUUAUGAUAUUCAACUUGAAGUAAAAGGAUGCAAAACUUUAAAUGAUUCUUUCCUAGAAUAUAUUCGUGAAGAAUCUUGUGAAGGAAAUAAUAAAUACCAAACUGAAACCUAUGGUUUACAAGAUGCAAAGAAAGGAGUAGUGUUUGAAAGUUUUCCUCCCGUAUUACGAAUACAAUUAAAACGGUUUGAAUAUGAUAUGGAAAAAGAUACAACAGUUAAGAUAAAUGAUCGUCAUGAAUAUCCUAUGGAAAUUGAUUUACAAAGCUAUUUAUCAUCAGAUAGCGAUAAAUCAAAACCGCUUAAUUAUUUGCUUCAUGGGUUUGUAAAUGUGGAUUCA